AUGUCUCAAAAGAGCCCCAAGAGCGGUUCGCCGCCUUCUCCACGGUCUUCCCACAGCCAAGGACCUAUCGCAGCUGCUGCGCAGGCGCUAGAAGUCGACGAUCUUGCUGAGGGGGAGGAAGAUGACCCAGGUCUUGGCGAAGACUCCGAAAGCUCGACGGCCUCUAUUACCUCAAGCAUUCUCCACUACCGCACCAUCAAUGGCAGGACCUAUCACAGCGAAAGAGGGAAUGCCGCCUAUUGGUAUUGGGCUCUAACGAUGAACGGCAAAGUGAAGCCAUGGACAUUGCGUAAGAUGCAAAUCGUUUGCGGAGCUGUGUCAACUAAUACGUUCAGACAUCACAUGUUUACUCUUUCGCAAGACGGUGAGCUGUACUUUGCUCCCCUCGAUGGCAAAAUUCAAGCUAAAGUCAUCCGUUACUACCAGAGGGUACUUGACAUUGGAUGCGGAACAGGGUGCGAAGUGAUAGGGACGGACAUAUCUCCCAUUCAACCUUCAUGGGUACCACCUAAUGUCAAGUUCGAGAUCGAGGACUUUAACCAAGAUUGGACCUUUCCUCCAGAGUCUUUCGAUUACGUCCACCUGCGCUAUUUAGUUGGAUGUGUUCCAAACUGGGACUAUAUCUUUGAACAGGCCUUCAAAGUUCUUAAGCCUGGCGGCUGGGUUGAGUCCUUUGAAGCAUCAGCUAUCAUCGAGAGUGAUGACGAUAGUGUGAAACCCGACUCGGCAAUGGCGCAGUGGGGACCUAUCUUUAUCAAGGCCUCCAAAAUAAUUGGAAAUACAUUCACUGUCGUGGGAGACGAUCUUCAGAGACCCGGCAUUGAGAAAGCAGGAUUUACAGAUAUCAAGCAAUGGGACUCAAAGUUACCUUUGAACCCUUUCCCUAAAGAUCCCAAGCUUAAACAAAUCGGACAGUUUGGUGAGCUGUUCAGUACUCAGGACACUGAAGGGCUUGUGUUGUUCGUUGCCAACACACUUGGAUGGACUCCCGAGGAGGUCCAUGUAUAUAUCGCCAACUUCCGACGAGAAAUCAGAGACAGGAAGAAUCACCCAUAUAUUCGCUUGAAAACUGUGUGGGCUAGGAAGCCAGAGUAG